GGGCCGCUCGUGACCUCACUUCCCAGGGCCCGGCGGAGUGUGGCUCGGCCUGUGCCGCCGCUUCCGUGGGCUGGCGAGGGCAUGGAGCAGCGUCUCUCUGCUAUCACCCUGUACUGCGCCUCCCCAGCCGGGACCGCACCCGCCGCUGCCCCCCGCGCCAUGGAGCAGGAGCAGCUGCACUCAAAUGGCGAUAGAGGCUUUGAGAAUGUGGAACUGGGGAUCAUAGGAAAAAACAAGAAAAUUCCAAGAAGGGUCAUUCACUUUGCAAGUGGAGAAACCAUGGAAGAAUAUAGCACAGAUGAAGAGGAAGAUCCGGUGCAAGAAAAAAAAGACCUCUUGCCUUCUAUUGAUCCUACUACACUUACCUGGGGACCCUACUUGUGGUUUCAUAUGCUAAGAGUUGCCACGUCAACCUUAUCAGUGUGUGACUUCCUUGGGGAAAAGAUUGCAUCCGUUUUGGGCAUAAGUACACCAAAAUACCAGUAUGCCAUUGAUGAGUAUUACAGGAUGAAGAAGGAGGAGGAAGAGGAGGAGGAAGAAAACAAAAUGUCAGAAGAGGCAGAGAGACAAUAUCAAGAGCAGCAGAGCAAGCCACAAGAUGAGACUACUGUCCAGACAGACCAACCUGAGGCAACAGCAUGUAAUGCAUUUGUGAAUCUCAAUUUUGAAACUGAGGGAAAUGGCCAAUCUGUUGCAGAAAGUAAACAAGACUUAACUACGGUCCCUACUUAAAAUAUAAGGUUUUGCAUAAUGCCAGAUUUUUUAAAUUGGCAGCAAAAGUGUGGGAAAAAUCUUGUACUCUUUCAAUGGAAUGUAACUCAUUUAAAACUCUGGCCAGGAGAGAGCUAAAUAAUGUCCGUUCAGUCCACAACUAUUGAAUAAAGCCUAAGACUGCCAAGCUGACAUUUUUGUUAAAAUAAAAAUGCUGGACAACAAAAAAAAAUUAGUUGAGUAUAAAUUAAAUAGGCUAGACCUCAUUUUUGUCUGCACAGUGUAGGUAAAGAACGUCUCUAAUCUUUUCCCUGAACAUCUGGUGCCUGUCUGACACUUGUGGAUUGAAGAUAGUGCUAUUUUCUACUUUUAAAAACAUUUUGUAUUUAUAAUAUAUAAAAUCCUUAUUGAAAAUUAGCUCUCUAUGAAUAGACUGUCUGAUUAAUUAGAACUGAUUUCCCAUAGUGGCUUCACAAGGCACCUUAGUGACAUCCAAGUUCACAAUAAUGUCCUUAUUUAUUGUCACCAUUUUAUGUAUUUAUUAUUUAGACACGAGCUUUAACCUAAUGGUGUCUGAGUGCCUGUUGAAACAAUUUCCUCUUUUAAAAGGAGGUUGUAAGCUCUAUUUAAAACUUGCUCAGCUAAAGCUACAUCAGUUGUGGAGGUUAGCAGUGCUCAGACAAAUUCUGUUGUCUAGCAAAGAACAGUAUGAGCAUCAGCUGUGUGAAGCACAUUCUCACUCCAUUUAUGAGAGAGACUUCUCCUAGUCACUUAACUACUGCAUAUAGUUUCAGUAGGUUCUAAUAAGGUUCUAGGAAGUAAAUUGAAAUCGGAUUCCUGGGCUUGAAUUAAACAGUCCAAUUGUCAACAUUUUAAAGACAUCUGUAGCUAAAAGUGUGCUGUUUGGUCUGCUCUAGAGCAUUUGUAUGAUGCUGUAGAGUCUCCAUAUUGUUACCUGAAUGGAAUAUUUCUGUAUCGCAUGCAAAAAUAUUGCAGCUUUCCCUCCGUAUUUAAAAAUGAACUAAAGAAAUACAGGCUAAAUUUCAGUAUUGGAAAUUGCUUCCUUAAGAGAGAUUCUGCUAGCUCUAAAGAACUAAUCAAAAUUACUUUGAAUUCAGUUGGAAUUUCUUUUAAAAUCUAUUUAACUGAAAUUAAGACUAAGCCUUCUUCUAAAAUGUUAGUUACCUGCAUUUUUGUAUUGGAAACACUGUCUUAUCCACAGAAGAUACUGCUCAGAGGCCAUUGUAAACCAGGCCCAAAUAAUGAGUAGAGGAAGAAGAGUUAACUAAAGUAAAAAGCAACUCGCUCUCCUAAUUUGCAAAAGAGACAGUUUAUUUCAGGGCACUCAUACCUGAGCUCUCUAGGUAAGAAAGGAAGGAACUGGAGUAUUCCCUAAGUUCUUGCAGUGCAGAAUAUUGGUAGGUAAAUACAAUAGUGUAUAGCUUCUUCACCACCAACAUACAUCAUGUGAGUAAUUUCAAAAGAAAAUCUUACUAUCUUUAGGUGAAAUUUCUAAAGUUUAAGAAAACAUUAGAAAUCUUGAGUGAGAUUCUUGGGCCAUACAGCCCACAAGGGGAAAAGUUACUACCUUAAGGGUUUCCCGAUUCUGGGUACUUGAGGGGACUGCCUGACCUAUGACAAUCCUCCUGGUUCUGUGGCACUACCAACAAUGCCUAUAGCACUCUGAGCAUGCCUUCUGUGCCCCCUACACAGGGAUUUAUUUAGGAUCCAUUGCAGAGCUACAUAGGGUAGCUUUGUACUGUGCUUGUGCUGAGGUAAUUCUUGCUCUGCCAGGUAUGGGUCUUUUCUGGUCUCUUCAUAGUGCUUCAGCAGCUGUCUUAAUCAACUGUCCUCUUUGCUUUGAUGCUCUGUCCUUUGCCUCUUUCAGCUUCUGAUGAACAUCUGCAAGAGGUAGCUUGAGUCCAUUGUGAGUAAAACAAAGAGCACAUUGGUAAUAGAUGAACUACUUAGAGCCUACAUUGUCUAAAAUUGGUAUCUGUUCAGGGCAAAAGCCUACAGUAACUUAUGAAUAAAAUCUUUAUUAAUGGAGAGAAGGAUGUUUAGCUUUUUCUGCCAGAAAUUUAUCAACUGUGACUGCACUAUUGUCUAGUUUCUUGUACUUUCUGUUGCAGUGAGCAAGGAACGCUCGCUGUCCUGGUGUUAAAGUUCUUUGUAUAAAAUGUGUUACUCACUGUGCCUUAAUACUUAAUCCUUCCUUCAGUUUAUGCAAAAUGUAUGAAAGUGGUUACUUUAACAUUUGCUGUAAAUGCAUAAUAUUACUGGUUAUUUUAUAUUUAAUAUAAUUUUGAACUUUA